CGCUGCGUCGAGGCGGGGACGGGCCGUCUACCAAGCGAGGCGGCCGGGAGGGGCCUUCAGGACGCGGAGCGGAAGUGCCCGGCAGGCCUCAGAGGGAAAGGCGGUGUGAGGGAACGUGUGGAGGAGCUGCAGUCUGAGGAAUGGUUCUCCUUCCCUAAGGCAAAGCGCGAGUGUGGGCGAUUGUCUUUCUGGGUUAGAGUUUGUGACCUGGAUCCGGCUGUGAGGCCUCGAGCGAGUUACUAACUUCUUGAGCUUCGAGUUCCACACCUGAAAAGCAAUGACAGUAAUCGCUUUUUUUUUUUUUUUUUUAAGAUGACCGGUAAGGGGAUCUUAACCCUUGCCUUGGUGUUGUCUGCACCACGCUCAGCCAGUGAGCGAACCGCCAUCCCUACCCGUAGCCUUGGUGUUAUCAGCACCGCACUCUCCCAAGUCAGGCGGGCCCUGACAGAAAUCAUUCUUGAUUGUGCUUGGCAGGAAUAUUGAAUAAUAUAACACUUUUAAAAGAACAAUGGAUGAAGAACCCGAAAGAACUAAAAGAUGGGAAGGAGGUUAUGAAAGAACAUGGGAGAUUCUUAAAGAAGAUGAAUCUGGAUCACUUAAAGCUACAAUAGAAGACAUUCUCUUCAAGGCAAAGAGAAAAAGAGUAUUUGAACACCAUGGACAAGUUCGACUUGGAAUGAUGCGACACCUUUAUGUGGUAGUAGAUGGAUCAAGAACAAUGGAAGACCAAGAUUUAAAGCCUACUAGACUGACGUGUACUUUAAAGUAUUUUCCUUUUGUUUUCUUUAAACAGUUGUUGGAAUACUUCGUAGAGGAAUAUUUUGAUCAAAAUCCUAUUAGUCAGAUUGGAAUAAUUGUAACUAAGAGUAAAAGAGCUGAGAAACUGACUGAACUCUCAGGAAACCCAAGAAAACACAUAGCAUCUUUGAAGAAAGCUGUAGAUAUGACCUGCCAUGGAGAACCAUCUCUUUAUAAUUCCUUAAGCAUGGCUAUGCAGACUCUAAAACACAUGCCUGGACAUACAAGUAGAGAAGUCCUGAUCAUCUUCAGCAGCCUUACAACUUGUGAUCCAUCUAAUAUUUAUGAUCUAAUCAAGACCCUAAAGACAGCUAAAAUUAGAGUGUCUGUUAUUGGAUUGUCUGCAGAGGUUCGGGUUUGCACUGUACUUGCUCGUGAAACUGGUGGCACAUACCAUGUUAUUUUAGAUGAAAGCCAUUAUAAAGAAUUGCUAACACAUCAUGUCAGUCCUCCUCCUGCCAGCUCAAGUUCUGAAUGCUCACUUAUUCGUAUGGGAUUUCCUCAGCACACCAUUGCUUCUUUGUCUGAUCAAGAUGCAAAACCCUCUUUCAGCAUGGCGCAUUUGGAUAGCAGUACCGAGCCAGGGCUUACUUUAGGAGGCUAUUUCUGCCCACAGUGUCGGGCGAAGUACUGUGAGCUUCCUGUUGAGUGUAAAAUCUGUGGUCUUACUUUGGUGUCUGCUCCCCAUUUGGCACGAUCUUACCAUCAUUUAUUUCCUCUGGAUGCUUUUCAAGAAAUUUCCUUAGAAGAAUAUAAUGGAGAAAGAUUCUGUUAUGGAUGUCAGGGGGAAUUGAAAGACCAACAUGUCUAUGUUUGUGCUGUGUGCCAGAAUGUUUUCUGUGUCGACUGUGAUGUUUUUGUUCAUGACUCUCUCCACUGUUGUCCUGGCUGUAUUCAUAAGAUUCCAACUCCUUCAGAUAUUUGAUUCCAGCAUGUAGUACACAUUGUAUGUGUCAAAAAGAAAUUUGCAACUGUAAAUAAAGUAAUUCUUUAGAAGAAGCUCCAAUUAAAACAUAA